GUCCUUAACUUCCGGGGAUGCGCAACAGCAGUGCCGUCCACCCACUUUUAUCGGAUUUAGAUGACAGUCCCUCUUUCUCACAAUGUGUAUUUCCAUCUUCCAGAGUUAACUUCAGUUGUAGCUGAAAGCGUAUUAGCAGGAAUCACUGGUAGUAGAGACAAAUUUUAGAGAAAAAAAAGGAAUUCUUACAUUUGGGCUCCCAUGAAAGACGAGGAUUUUCACAAUGAGGUCAUCAGCGAGUCGGGUUUGGAUCCUCAGGAAGCUUCAAAUGGGGUUGAAGCCCUUGACGAUGAUGGAAGACCCAGAAGAACUGGUACCUUAUGGACGGGCAGUGCUCAUAUAUUAACAGCAGUUAUAGGUUCGGGUGUUCUAUCUUUACCCUGGACUGUAGCGCAGCUCGGAUGGAUAGCUGGACCAGCAGCUCUGUUGAUCUUCUCCUUCAUAACCUUGUACACCUCCAUUCUCUUAACAGAUUGCUACAGAUCCCCUGACCCUGUUUAUGGGAAAAGAAACUACACCUACAGGGAGGCAGUAAGAGCCAACUUAGGUAGAACGAUGUUCUUGGUUUGUGGAUUGGUUCAAUAUAGCAUCUUUGUUGGGGUUGCAGUUGGCUUUACAGUUACUGCAUCGAAAAGCAUGGGGUCCAUAUACAAGACAAAUUGCUAUCACAAAAGAGGUCAUGAAGCCUCAUGCGAGAUCUCUGAUAAUUUCUUCAGUGUGAUUUUUGGGAUUAUUGAGAUCUUCCUGUCCCAGAUUCCGAAUUUCCACAAGUUGUCAUGGCUCUCAAGUAUUGCAGCAGUGAUGCCUUUUAUCUACACACUAAUAGGAGUGGCACUUAGCUUAGCAAAGAUUGUCUCAG